GGGCCGCCCCUCUGGCCGCUGCCCGCCUUCGGAGCGGGACACAGGCCGAAGGGAUGUGGAACUGUAGUACCGGCAGGCGAGCAGCCUCUGUCCCGGGCGGGACGCUGAGAGGGGCUCCACCAGCCGUCGGCCUGGCCUCCCCUCACGGUCAGGUGGUGGCUGGGGCGCCCCGGGCCCCGCCGGUGACGAGGAGCUUUCCCUUAGAUUUCCCCCCCACUGGCCUUGUUUUUUAACAAAAGUGAUGAUGUGGUGGGCCAGACGCGGUGUUUCAAGGGAGGUGUAACCAUCUCAAGAAAUAAAAGUAGCAUUUUACCCCUUGAUUACUGUAAUCCUGAUCAAGCUAUGGGAACGCCAGUCAGGAUGGAGUGCGGCAUGAACAUCUGGCAACCUCAGCUCCUUCCUCCUCUGUGAUAGCCGCAGUUUCCACGAUCUGAAGAUAAAGAAGCUUCUAAUUUUGUUUCUCCAGAGGAGGGAAGUGUCCUGGAUCACAAAGACGUGUGCUUUUUCAGGAAGCCUGGAGAACAGAAACAUUCAAAAGAGCUUCCAUCUUUGCAAUGCAUGCAUCUGGCAGUUGUGGCAUGUGGGGACCGGCUGGAAGAGACACUAAUCAUGCUGAAAUCAGCAGUUCUCUUUAGUAACAGGAGGCUCUGCUUUCACAUUUUUGCUGAAGAUUCCCUUAAACCUGAAUUUGAGAAGAAGUUAAAAGAAUGGCCUUCCUCAUAUACAAAGAAGUUUGAAUACAACAUUUACCCAAUAACCUUCUCAGUAGGAAAUGCUCAGGAAUGGAAAAAGUUAUUCAAACCAUGUGCAGCCCAGCGCCUUUUUCUUCCGGUCAUUCUAAAGGAUGUGGACUCUCUCCUUUAUGUGGACACUGACGUUCUCUUCCUGAGGCCCAUCGAUGACAUCUGGCACAUCCUUAAAGAGUUCAACUCAACACAGCUAGCAGCUAUGGCCCCAGAACAUGAAAUCCCAAAGAUUGGCUGGUAUAGUCGAUUUGCACGUCACCCUUAUUACGGGACAACUGGAGUCAAUUCUGGAGUGAUGCUAAUGAAUUUAACACGGAUACGCAACACUCAGUUCAAGAACAGCAUCAUACCAAGCGGUUUGACUUGGGAGGAAAUGUUAUACCCAUUAUACCAAAAGUACAAAAACUACAUUACAUGGGGAGACCAGGAUUUACUAAAUAUAAUUUUUUACUUUAAUCCAGAGUGUCUUUAUGUGUUUCCAUGUCAGUGGAACUACCGUCCUGAUCACUGUAUGUAUGGGAGCAACUGUAAAGGUGCAGAAGAAGAAGGUGUCUCUAUUCUCCAUGGAAACAGAGGUGUCUACCAUGAUGACAAACAGCCUACGUUCAAGACACUCUAUGAAGUGAUACGUGAUUUUCCAUUUGAAGACAAUCUCUUCCAGUCUUUGUACUACCCUCUGCAGUCGAAGUUUCUGGAUACAGUGCACACUUUAUGUGGGAGAAUUCCACAAGUAUUUUUGAAGCAAAUUGAGAAAACUAUGAAGAAGGUGUAUGAAAAUCGUGUCAUUGUCUACUUGGGGGCCAAUCACAGAUACUAAAUAUAGCUAUAUUUUUAUGCAGAGUUUCUAAUUCUUGCACCCCAUCUCAUGAAACAUAUAAGAGUAUGAAUGAACUCCUUUUCUGAAACUCGAAAUAUUUUCUCUAUCCAAUUUCCUGAUAAACCAUGAAAUUACAAAAGCAGAGGAAGCUUACCUAGAAGUCUACCUAAACUGUCCUUUUGUUCUCUUCCUACAUUCAUUCUUGGUUGCAACACUCAUGAUUGAUUCUCACUUUUAUUUGACGAGUUCUGUUUGAUUAUUUGUUUAAGUACAGCUGUAUUCAUGGUAACUUUUUUUAAGGUUGAGCAAAAGCUUGUACUGAUCUUUGGCUUGACAAAGAAUUUACGAUUUGAGCUAUGUGACUCAUAGGGAAUAUAACUCUUGAAGUGAUAGGGCAAAUAUUCUUGACUGUCAUAAGAAUGCCGAAUUACAGAAAUGAUCACUCUUGUGAUACCAUGAGUGAAAAUUUACUAUAGCAAGAGGAAAGUAUUUUCUUAAAAUUGCGUUCUGUUUGAAGGAAUAUUACCUGCUAUUCUUCACAUGUAGGACCUAAGAGUUCUCUUACUCAAUGAGGGCAAUAGAAGUGCCUAUUUACUUUGUAUUUUACAGCACUUUGUGCCUAGCGAUUGUCAUUUUCUCCUUCUGCUCUUCGGUGGUUUUGUGAGGGCUUCUUACGAAGGAAUUAGAAGGAAAAUAAUUACAGCAUAAAUAAGAGAACAGUGUACAAGGAAUGGGAGGGGGGUGCGGUGGAGGCUGUGGCACCUGCACAGCUAGCGGAGAACAGAGAGAGAAUCCUUUCUUGCGUGGAGUACAGCCAAGGGCUUCCCCUCCACUGCCUUACGCUCUUAAGAAUGUAUUCCUUACCUGGGUCGUAACAAUUACAUUAGGCACAGUCCAAGAAUAUUGUGAAUGAAGAGUACAAAAGCAGGUACUAUUGAUCUGUUUUCCUCUUUAAUUGCUAUUACUGCAAUGCCACCACAAGCUGUUCUUCCAUCCCUGCAUUGGGAGGCUGAGAAUGCUGCCUCGGACGCACUCUGUCCCGCUGGGGCAGACUAAUGUAUUUCUGCUUGGUGCUUUUGUUCCUGAAAGUGUUUUAUGCUAAGGUCAUAAUGAAUAGACCCAAAGUGAAUGAGGAUACAAGGUGGCUUUGAUGUUUGUUUAAAAUACUUCAUUUAGUUCAGAUUUUGAAAGUGUGAUGAUCAUCUUACGACAUGCACAAACAAGAGCUAAUUAAAAUUUGCAGUAGCUGAAAGGUGCUGGGAAACUCAAAGUGAGGACUGUCUUAAAGAGCAGCAAUACAAGAGCAGACUCCCAGAGGGCAUUUUCUAAAUGUAAUCCCCGAGGGGUGUGUGUAGGUGAGUGUUUAAGAAAACAGCAGAGAAAAUGAUCUCACUUUUCAAGUCUGUUCAGCAAAAGAAAAAAAUAGCCAUUACUUGGAACUUCUGUAUCUAAUAGGCCAAGUAGGAGAGAGGUGAGGAGGGUGAAAUACAUGAAGCUUUGCUCUGAUGAAAGGAAAACUGAUACAGGUUGUGUAUCUUGUACAUGUAACACACAUUUAUUAGAGAUAAAUAUGUGGGGCAUGUGGAUGCGGGAAAGGAUAUGUUCCUAAGUUAUAAAGUAGGAUUUCUGAAGAAUUGAAGUUUUGGGGAUUUCUACCUUAUUCAGUCAGGACUGAUAAGAAAAAUAAUCUUCAAGAGAAAGUCCUUUUAGUUUGCACAUUCCUCUCUUCUUGUGUGGCAGCUCAUGAAAGGAGGGAAAACACAGGCCGUGCUGGCACCUCAGGCUGUGCACAGGACUGAAGUGCCGGCAAACUUUUGCCAAACGCUGGCGUGUGGAAAAGUCCAUGACACGUCUGUAAGCGUGGUGUGCGAAUGACCCAGCGCGGCAAACAGCAUCGCUACGGAGUCAUCUGGGGAGCCGAGGUGUUAGGUUAGAGGUUUGUGAUAAGAGGCAGACGGGCCUGGUCCAAGCAAUUCCACUGCGGCUCUGUACUCGUUCUCACAGGCACGACAGACAAACAGAAACUUGUGCUGUUCGCGCCUCUGUGUGCUGCAAAUUCUAAUCAGCAGUUUGUGUGUGUUUCUGACUCAGAUCUGUUGUCUUGCAGCCUUUGCCGUGUAAGUGUUAAUCAACACGCAAAGGGCGGAGGCAGCUCUGCAUCUAUUUUGAUUGAAAGCCUGGAAUUUCCUAUUGAGACCCAGAAAGGCAUUUAAACUUAAGUGUAGAAGUUACUGUCUCUUGCAACUUGUGUUAGUAUGUUUGAAGUUUUAGUUGCCACUUAAAGAGAACAAUACAUUUCUAGCUACAGAGGAGUGUUUGAAAAUGUAACUCAAAUGGACCUUGAGGACCUCAAAACCAGAAGGCAAAGAAAGGAAAAAUUUAGCAGGCUGUUUUAAACAGUUUGAGAUAAUAUAAGCCUAACUAAUGACAGGUUAAACCUUUUAGGCUAGCAAUACUGAGAACUUUUAAAAACUAUUAGCUUGCUUUUUGAUUCUUAUUUCCAAGUAUUAGGGUAAAGCUGACCGUAAGUCAGACGAGGACAGACGACUCAUGCUGGCCACUCCGAAUUCCUUAUUUCUCUGGUAUCUACAAGCCACAGAAAGUUGCAGAGCAAAAGUCUUGCUGCCCAGACAGUUGCAGCUCUGGUGCUCAGGCUCUGAAGUUUGGGAGGCUGUGAUUGCGUAAGCUGUGAUUCAGCAGAACCCUGCAACCACGGGCACAUUAAAAUGAAGGAAUGGAAUUCAUUACAAAACAAAGGCAUUGCUGCAUAUGAAAUGAUUAGAGAUUAAAACAGUGCUUUUCAUGUUUACAGGAGGUGCUACAUUAUGUUUAGAAAGAACUGUGUUAUGUUCUUAACAGCUAUUAAAAUAUAUGAAGUAUAUACUUUAGCAUGAAGACUUUUGUUAAUGUAAUACCAACUUGCAGGAAGAAUGGGGGAGGUUUCCCCCACUGUGCUUUUUCUAAGAAAAAAAAGCUAUAAUUUGAGCUCUCCAAAGCAUUUUAAAACAAUUAUGUAGCUUUGAUUGUUUUUGUUAUUAGAACUAUUAAUUUAUAUUUUAUUACAGCUUCCAAAACCAUAUUGUAUUUUGGUUUUAACAGUACUUGGUUCUUAUAUUAAUCGUGUUUAGAAACCAGGUUUCAUUCAUUUCUUAUUUCAUACUUGUGGGCAAUUCCUUGUUAAUUAGCCCACAUUUAUUUUAAAAAUGGGAUGUGUAAAUACUUACAUAGACUUUACAUCCUCAUUUCCCCUUCUUCUCAUGUAUUUUAGCUAUUUCCAAUGGUAUAACGUAAGCAAAACACCUUUGCUAAUGUAACACCUUGAGCAGUGUCAUCAUAACAUAGGGGGGAAGCGAAAAUAGUUUUAUUUAAUUGAAGAGAAACUCCAGCACACGGAAUGUGUUGAUAACAAAGGAAAAGAAUCACCUUUCACACGGAGAAAGAAAGCAGAGGCCUGCACCUGGGUUAUUUGAAUGGAAGCCCUAGCCCAGCAGAUGUUUGAUACUCUGAAUUUUGCCUGUGUAGGCUGAUAUGCAGUGCAUAAAGUUAAGCAUGUGACCAGGGCCAUGCUGUAUCAGUGUCAAAUAUUCAGGUUUUAAAUUUGCUAUCUUAUACUUGAACUUGCCGAAGAUAGAUAAAUAGGGCCUUUAUAUUAAGAGCUGCUGAGCACCUCCUUUUAGCCCAAAGCCAUUUAAGAAAGCGUCAGGCGACCAGUGCGCAUUGAACACAGAACUGCCAGAGCAGGAAGCGUUUGGUUGCAUCAUUUAUAUAACCUCCGAGUUUUUCUAGGCCAUUUGCCUGCGUAGUACAAAGUGGGCUUAGAGAGCUUUGCUGUCAUUUUACUUACAGGUGGAAACUGGAAACUGCUCUGUGUGUUUGUGUGUCUGUGUGUGUGUGUACACAACAAGAGUGCAUGUGUCAAGAAUUCUGUACCUUUUCUCUGUCAUUUAAUCGCUCGUGUAUUUUUUUUUGACAAGUGCACCAAUUGUUUAUAGCUCCCAAGGAGGCCUAGCAGUGCAUUUCUGUGUUAAGAUCCUUUGGCUUACAUUACAAAUAAAUGAAGUUUUAAGCAA